AUCCAGGAGACGGAAGGAAAGGGGCGAAGAAGGGAUCUGCUGCUUGCUUCCAGUGUUCUGAGUUCAGAUCCCGACAGCAGCGGCGGCGGCGGCGGCGGCGGGUGGGGGGGGUCUGCCCUUGUCGGGUCUGCGCUUCUCCUGAUGCUGAUCGGUGGAUCAUGGAUCAAGCCGGGCGCACCCACGGGGCGGACCAGCUGGCGACGGCGGCCGCGCGAGGGGACCUGGAGGAGAUGCGGAGGCUGCUGGACUCCGGAGUCGACCCCAACGCGGUGAAUUCGUUCGGCAGGACCCCGAUCCAGGUUAUGAUGAUGGGGAGCCCCAGUGUGGCAGAGCUGCUGCUUCAAAGAGGAGCCAACCCAAACUGGCCAGAUCCACACACUGGCUCCCUCCCAGUACAUGACACAGCUCGGGAAGGCUUCCUUGAUACCCUGCAAGUGUUGUGCCGAGGGGGUGCUCGCUUGGAUCUGACUGACCAGUGGGGCCACCUCCCACAUGACCUUGUCCCAGAAAGCAACCGAAUCCAUUUGGUCAAUUACCUGAAAACCUUGGAGGACUGAAGCAAUUUGCCAGAGACUCAGAAAGAAGACAAAUGUGGAGCCCUCUCCUUCAGGAAAGAAUAUACAUUUAAAUGCCCUGGACCAUGGGGAAGUCCUACCUUUGACUCUAAUGCUGUUAGCCUCUCCCACAGAGGAGCUGGAGCUGGAGCUGGCUAGACUGCACAAUUGCUCCCAAACUGCAGACGGAGCAUUACGAGAUUGCAAUACUCUUCCAUCUGGGAAAAAGUUCUGCACAAAUGGGAUGAUUUUAUUCUUUAUCCUGAUCAGCUAGCUUUCUUUGUGCAGACAUUCUAUUUAAUUUGGAAAGUAAUCACAGGAGAAUCUAUCUGCUGUGUCUUGUGCACUGCAAAGAGCUGUAUUACUUGUUGUGUCUGGUUACACAGCUCAGUUCUCAGUUUUUGGUUGUUUUGUUUCUUUUGGGGUUUAAAAAAGGUAAUUUAUUGUUGUUGUUUUCCUGGGGUAUGUUUAACAUUGAGCAAUAUGUAAACCAUGUUUUAAUUUUAUAGUAUGUGGGAGAAAGGAGAUCUUCCAGCUAAAUACACUAUUGAUGUGGAUUUGGUUUUUCAUUUGCACAAAAAUACCUGCUGUCUUAUACUUGAACAAGAUAAGGAAAGGAUGAAGGAUGGUGGCCUUUGUAAUAUGCUGGAGUGAAAUUAAUAGAGUAUUUCAACUAUUUCCCCAUGAGAUUUCCUGCUGAUGCCUUCCAGUUCAUGAUGUUUCAGUAAGAAUAAAAAAUGUGAUCUCUCUCCCUUCCCAUUCCAAUGCAUUUUGGAAUUUGGAAAACAUUAAAUGUGU